UUUUUAUUUCGAUUCCGUCAUAGAGCAGCAAUCAGCAUUGAGUGAUAGAAAUGUCUAUGUAGAUUUUGAAGCAGAUUCUGUGCUUGGUGGCGUUAACUAUAGCAAAGAGUGUAAAAAGUAUAGGGCAACUAUAUUUACCGAGCAAUGAGAUAAACAUUAUAAUUAUGUGACGUGUGUGGGGUUUUCAUUCACAUUUUGUUUAUACCUACAUAUUUUUUUAUAAUCUACAGCCAUAAGAAUAGUAAAUGCUGUAAUGCAAGUCAACAAAACUAAAACAAACCCAUGUCAUAAGUUGAUAACUAUAACAGUGUAUGAAUUGAACAAUCAUAUGAAUAAUUUAAUAGCUGGGUGAUGUUAUUCGCGUAAUUAUUAUUGUUAGUCGUAUUAAUAAAAGUUGCAGAUAUGCGUGACAGACAUGAGUGCUGAAUUAACUAGAUGUAAAAGCUCGUUUUCUAGAGUGAGUUCGGAACAAUUAGAUUUAUUGCUGUCGUUUAUGGAAGAGCACCCUGCCUUUGCUGCCGGCAAACAAUCGAUUUACUCUCGGUUCAGCUCGAGCAAGUUGUGGCGUCUUCUAGCGGAACGUUUGAACGCGGCAGCCGUUGACAGCGGUGGAGCACGCAAGUCGCCCGACAAGUGGUGCCGGUACUGGGCUGACAUAAAAUACAAAGCCCGUAAGAAGUCAGCAGCAGGUGGGGCACUGGGAGAUCUCUCCAGUGCAGAGGAACGCUUACAGAAUAUAUUCAACAGCAGUGGUCGCGAAUCGGCGGGCGGCGGGCGGCGCGCCAGCCAGUCGGACGACGAGCGCAAGCCCGCGCUGGACGACGACGCCAGCGACUCGUCCGCGCCCGGCGCGCGCCUCGCCACCGAGGAACUGCUGGCCGAGGCCGCCAUGCGCAGCGCGCUGGCCGCGGAGAAGCAGGCCGAGGCCGUGGCGCAGGCCGUCGACCUGCUGCGCGACCUGCUCGCCCUGCUGCGCGACCGCGCGCUGCCGCCGCCGCUGCUGUAGCUGACGCCUAGCGCGGCCCGCCCGCAGCUACUGUAGCUAGCGCGGCCCGCCGCACCGCUACAGCAGCUAGCGCAGGCCGGCCAGCGCCGCGGCGCGCUCGUACACGGCGUCGGCGCGCACGCGGGCGCGCGCGGCUCCGUGGCGCAGCACGUCGCGCAGGUAGUUGGGUCGCGCGCGCAGCUCGGCGGCCCGCGCGCGCACGGGCGCCAGCGCGCGCUGCAGGGCGGCGGCCACGACGCGCUUGUACUGCGCGGUGGUGAGUCCCUCGGCCUCCUGCACCACCUCCUCGGGCAGUUUGUCCUCGGCCAGGCAGUGGAUGGAUACCAAAUUGGACACGCCCGGCCUCGUCUCCGGGUCGAAAGUCACCUGCCGUCGAGCCAAAUCAUAUUUCACUCUAUGAUACAUUAUUUUUAUCAUGAUUAAAAAAUAUGUUAACAAA